GUUGGAGUAAGGUGGAGGGUGCACAUCGCCGCAAAACUCGUAUCUUAUUUUAUAUUCUAUUUUAGUGCGCGAAAUCAAAGUGCAAAAUGUCUUAUUUUGAUAAUAGUUCAUUCUAUAAUGGAGGAAGACGAACAAGCCAAAUGCAAAAACACAUUUUAAUCACAGCAAUGGCAACAAAUAGAAAAAUUCUCGAUGGUCGUGCGGUUAAUUCAGAUGCGCGUCAAGCCAAAGAAGCAGCCUGGAACGAUGUUAUGCACGAGUUGAAUAUGGCUGGACCUGAAAAGAGUCUUACUGAAUGGAGGAAGGUUUGGACAGAUAUGCGGCUACAAUUGAGAAAAAAGUGGGAUAAGGCACAAAAUUCAAAACAUACUUUGACUGAGUACGAGAGACGAGUGAUAAAUGCGUGUGGAAUGGUUGAAAAUCGAAAAGAUGGAAACACUCACGAAAAGGUUGUGGAGGAUAUUGACAGUUUUCUUGCGUUCUUAAAAGAAGAAUUACUCAAAGAACGAGAGUUCAAUCAUCAUGAAACAUGUGAUAGUAGAGACGAAAGUAAUUCUACUUCCCAACAUUAUCUUACUGAUUCGAGUGAUUAUUUUACUUAUGAAGACCAAAAAGUAAAUAUUAAAGAUGAAUUCGAAGAAGAACCCACAAAUUUCUUAGAAUACAAAGAACCAUCGAUUGAAUGCAUAAGUGACAAUGAUAAUGACGAUGAUAAUGACAACGACAACGAACAAAUUACUAGAAUCGAAGAAUUCCGAGAGCCUUCUGUGCAAUGUAUUAGCGAUGAUGAAGAACCAAUGGUAGUAGAUGAUAUAAAAGUUGAAAGUUCUCCUCAAAUGAGUCAUGAAGAUCCUCAUCGGAUAGAAACCGUACCAAGACCUAUACCAAUUCCAGAAGAAACUGUACCACGACCUAUACAAGUAAAAUGUUCUGAACGAGAUUCUAGGUCCUUGUCAAAAUUGAGAAAUAUAAAACUUCCGAGAAGAAAGAAAUUCAAAGAUGCCACUCUCAAAGAAAUCAGAAAAAUGCACAAAAAUUUACUAAGGCAAUCGAAAAAACAAACAGCCUUAUUAAGAAAAUUAGUUCAGGCAAUGCAACGAUAAUACUUUUUUAAACAUUUUAAAAACUAUGGCCAUAAUGUAUGUAUGUAUAUAUUUAUUUAUAUCCCUAUAAAGUUUAUAAUGUUA